AUGCUCGCCCCUAAAGCCGCGGGUUCAUUGCUCGAGUCCCGCUGGCGAAAUGAUGGGCCCAAGAAGAGUCUGGACUGGCCGGUGCGGUGGGUUGAAAUGUAG